GAAACAAAACAAAAAAACUGAGCAAACCUAGCGCAAAACAACACAAAACUCGUUCAUGGCAGAGCAACUCACAGAAGAGCAGAUUUCAGAGUUCAAGGAAGCUUUCAGCCUCUUCGAUAAGGACGGAGAUGGUUGCAUCACUACCAAAGAGCUGGGUACUGUGAUGAGAUCCUUGGGGCAAAAUCCAACUGAAGCUGAACUCCAGGAUAUGAUCAAUGAGGUUGAUGCUGAUCAAAAUGGAACAAUUGAUUUCCCUGAGUUCUUGAAUUUGAUGGCACGGAAAAUGAAGGACACUGAUUCUGAGGAAGAAUUGAAGGAAGCCUUCAAGGUCUUUGACAAGGACCAAAAUGGUUACAUCUCAGCUGCAGAGCUGCGGCAUGUGAUGACAAAUCUGGGAGAGAAAUUGACGGAUGAGGAAGUGGACGAGAUGAUUCGAGAAGCAGAUGUGGACGGUGAUGGCCAAGUCAAUUACCAGGAGUUUGUGAGGAUGAUGCUGGCCAAGUGAGCCUGUUGGUGGCGGGAGGAUAGACUUGGUCUAUA